AUGCAGGUCUUGGUAGGUCAGAUGUAUUACAGUGGUUAUGGUGUUCCCAGAGAUGACCAGAAGGGAUCUGUUUCAGUUAGUAUGUCUCUCUUUCAUUCGUGCCUAUGUUUUGUUUGUUCCCAUCUGACUUCAGGUCAGAAAGAUGGGGCCGAGCAAAGACAAAAUGCAGAUGUUAAUAUGAAAUUUCGCGACGCACAUGCUUCUCGUCUGUCCUUGAUUCAGAUCAACCCUAGACAAUCCCAUCUCAUGAGAUUAAUCCCAUCUCUGCCGAAAGCAUCAUCACGGUUGCAGUGAUCAAGGGGGCUUCCACAAAACUGUUGGUUCCCUUCAAAUGCCUAGUCCGGCCAAUGAGAGAAUUUUCUGUCCAAUUUUUCUUGAAGGUUGUUGUAGGAGAGAUCAAGCACUCCCAAGCUGCUCAUGUCACCAACUUGUUGAGGGACUUCUCCAGUGAGUUGAUUGUGGAAAAGAUCAAGUGCUUCUAAUUUCAAUAGAUUCCCAGGAGAAGCCGAGAUUUCACCUGAGAGAUUGUUGUAACUGAGGUCUAAACUGAUAUAGAGAUUUUUGGCAUUUUCCAAUUUUUGUUUUAGUAUGGAGAAUAACACAGCUUUUAGUACGGUUGAAAAAUAC